AGAACAGUAUUGUCCCGCGGACCACAUUCAGCGGGUGACGUUUCGUGACUUAGGGAUUAGAGCAAUAGGCGAUCACCGCAGUUGAUCGUCGCUGUCCACGUUCUAUCACAGUGCACACCCACAGCCCUCCGAGCAGGACAGGAUGGAAAUUUAUCACAAAGAUGGAACAUUUCCUAGGUAUUGCGAAGCGGUACGGAAAUCGCUCGAUCCCAACAAGUUCAAAGAGUUCGCCCAGCUCACUAGCAACGAGGAACGGUUCCGGUUUGUCAGUGGGUUACGUUCGAUCGUGGACGAGCUGCAGCUGAAGCGAGAAUACAAUGGAAAGGGUAUGGAGCAGGCCGUUGCGCUGAAAACGCUCGGCAAUAAGGCGUUUCAGGCGGAACGAUGGAAUGAGGCUCUCGUGUUCUACAACAAGUGCUAUCUGUCCACCCCGAAGGAAAAUGUACAAGAAAAAUCAAUCAUACUGGCCAACAGGAGCGCCGCCUUGUAUCAUCUGGAAAAGUAUGACCUCGCGCUCAGGGAUAUCCAGCGUGCGUUGGCCCAUCAGUAUCCCAAACAGAUGAUGUACAAGCUAACGGAACGGAAGGCACGCUGCUAUCUGGCAAAGAAGGACUAUGAGGCCGCGCUCGAAUGUUUCAAAGCAACGGUCACCGCACUGGACGAUUCAAAUCUGCCCCUGGAACGUAGGCAAAAGCUGGAACGUGACGCACAGAUCAUGAUCAACGUGCUGCCCAAAAACGUCGAGACGGAAAGGAAGCACAAGAAAAAGGCAUCGGCCAAAGCUAGUGCGGCCCAACCCGUACCGAAAGUGCCGGAUCAUUUCGUGGACCAAGCGCUGUGGUUCGACGAAACGCAGGAUGAGGGUCGUUUCGCGCGUACCAGCGCCGACCUGAAACCGAACACGAUUCUGCUGCUGGAGCGUCCGCACGUGUCGGCUUUGCUGGAGGACUACAGUUUGGAUCACUGCACGCACUGCUUCAAGCGUGUCUCGGUACCGAUCGCAUGCCCGCUGUGUGCCGACGUAGUGUUCUGUUCCGACGAGUGUGAGGCGAAGGCGAACGCUACCUACCACCGGUACGAGUGCGGUUUCCUCCCAAUUCUGUGGGGUUCGGGUGCGUCCAUCACGUGCCACAUGGCGCUGCGCAUGAUCACGCAAAAGUCGGAGGAAUAUUUCAUGAAGAUGAAGCCGGAACUAGCCGGGCUGACUAAUGAGCAGAUCGAUAAAUUGCCGGUCGAUGACUACCGCAAGGUGUACAAGCUAGUCACCCAUGAGUCAACACGAUCGCCAGAGGACUUUUUCCAGCGAACGCUGAUGGCGACGCUGCUGAACGUGUGUCUCACGCUGGGCGGGUAUGGCAACUGUCCGCAGGAGCAAGCAUUCAUCGGAGGGCUGCUGGUGCACAAUCUGCAACUGUUGCAGUUCAACGCGCACGAGGUGUCGGAGAUGAUACGCGAAACACCGGACGAUAUUGGCAAGUCUACGUUCAUCGGCGGUGCACUUUAUCCUACGCUGGCCCUGUUCAACCAUUCGUGUGACCCGGGCGUUACCCGCUACUAUCGGGGCAAUCAGGUGUGUGUGCGCACGGUCAAAAACAUCCCAGCAAGCGCGAUGGUGGCCGAAAACUAUGGCCCCCUGUUUACGCAGGUGCGACGCGAUGAGCGCCGUGCCACGCUGCUGAAUCAGUACCGGUUCACGUGCCAGUGUGUGCCGUGCACGGAGAAUUGGCCACUGUUUACCGAGAUGGACCCGAACAUUAUCCGGUUCCGGUGUGACGGUGGCAAGAUUUGCUCGAACGUGCUGAUCAUACCGGCCGAAGUGAACGAUUUCAUGGUCCAGUGUACCGAGUGUGGUGAGCAUACCAACAUUAUGAAGGGACUAAAAUCGCUGCAGGACACGGAUAUGCUGUUCAAAUCGGCCACCCGGCUCCAUUCGGCUGGCGAGUACGAAGCAGCGCUACGGAAGUAUGUCGAAAUGAUGGAAACGAUGAGUGAGGUGUUGGUUCCACCUUACCGGGACUAUCAUCUCUGCCAGCAGGGGCUGCGUGCCUGCAUGCUGGAGUUUGGUAACCGUCACACCAAAACGGUGGCAAAAAAGUGAAGACAAGCUGGCGCUCUGCGCUAGGGAAGACAAUUUGCUGCACGCAUUGAAUUGCGGCUUGAUUAAGAUGCACCCAGGUGAUGCUUGCUUUGUAACGUUGUACAUUUUUAAACAUUUUACCAUUACCUGAUUGCAAUAAACACUUUUUUGGAUUUAAC